GCUAGUUCCGAACCCCACAGAAGGGAGGCUAAAAUCUCUCAGAUAUAACAAUCCCAUUGCCGUACUCUCUAACCCCAUGGCUUUGUCCGUCGAGAAAACCAGCUCCGGCCGCGAGUACAAGGUGAAGGACAUGUCUCAGGCCGAUUUCGGCCGCCUGGAAAUCGAUCUCGCCGAGGUUGAAAUGCCGGGGCUGAUGGCUAGUAGGACCGAAUUUGGGCCAUCCCAGCCGUUCAAGGGCGCCAGGAUUACUGGGAGUCUGCAUAUGACGAUUCAGACGGCCGUUCUGAUCGAGACCUUCACGGCCUUGGGCGCGGAGGUGAGAUGGUGCUCGUGCAACAUCUUCUCCACGCAGGACCACGCGGCCGCGGCGAUUGCGCGUGACAGCGCCGCCGUGUUCGCGUGGAAGGGCGAGACCCUCCAGGAGUACUGGUGGUGCACGGAGAGGGCGCUGGACUGGGGCCCCGGUGGGGGGCCGGAUCUCAUUGUGGAUGAUGGUGGUGACGCUACGUUGUUGAUCCAUGAGGGGGUGAAGGCUGAGGAGGCGUUUGCUAAGAAUGGGGCUCUUCCCGAUCCGAGUUCUACUGAUAAUGCGGAGUUUCAGAUUGUGUUGACUAUCAUUAGGGAUGGGCUUAAGGGGGAUCCCCAGAAGUAUACCAAGAUGAAGCAGAGGCUUGUUGGAGUUUCUGAGGAGACUACCACUGGUGUCAAGAGGCUUUACCAGAUGCAGGAUAAUGGCACCCUCCUCUUCCCUGCCAUCAAUGUCAAUGACUCUGUCACCAAGAGCAAGUUUGACAACUUGUACGGAUGCCGCCACUCCCUACCCGACGGUCUAAUGAGGGCCACAGACGUGAUGAUCGCCGGAAAGGUAGCAGUGGUGUGCGGGUACGGGGACGUCGGAAAGGGCUGCGCCGCAGCUCUAAAGCAAGCCGGCGCGCGCGUGAUCGUGACAGAGAUCGACCCAAUCUGCGCUCUCCAGGCCCUCAUGGAAGGCCUGCAGGUCCUCACCCUGGACGACGUGGUGAGCGACGCCGACAUCUUCGUCACCACCACCGGCAACAAGGACAUCAUCAUGGUAAGCCACAUGCGCAAGAUGAAGGACAACGCCAUCGUGUGCAACAUCGGCCACUUCGACAACGAAAUCGACAUGCACGGGCUCGAAACAUACCCGGGCGUGAAGCGGAUCACCAUCAAGCCCCAGACCGACCGGUUCGUGUUCCCCGAGACAAAAACCGGCGUCAUUAUCCUCGCCGAGGGUCGGCUCAUGAACUUGGGGUGCGCCACGGGACAUCCUAGUUUUGUGAUGUCGUGUUCCUUUACUAACCAGGUGAUUGCCCAGUUGGAGCUCUGGAAGGAGAAGAGCUCCGGGAAAUACGGGAAGAAGGUUUAUAUUUUGCCCAAACACUUAGAUGAGAAGGUUGCGGCCUUGCAUCUUGGGAAGCUUGGGGCUAAGCUCACUAAGCUUACGCCGGACCAGGCUGCGUAUAUUAGUAUUCCUGUUGAGGGGCCUUACAAGCCUGCUCACUACAGGUAUUAAAUCAACGGAGUAGAAGUAUUGUUUGGUGUGGGCAUUUUGGAUGGGAUGUUUUGAAGCGAAAGUCUUUGGCUUGAAUAAGGUUGAGAUGGAGGGGUGGUGUGGUGUGUCUAUGCCUUUGUUUUAGACUUUUAGCGGCUGCAGUACGUAGUUUAGAUUAUCUCCUUUCUGUUUAUGAAUUUUCGUCAGAAAUAUAUUGAGAUCAUUUUUCUUGAUUU